GUAAACCUAACAAUAUCUUUUGCAAGGAAUAGUGACUUGUCAUUAUUUUAAAAUCAUAUAAACUUCUUAUGAGUUGUUUUUUAUGAUUAAACCAUAAUAUCUUAUAAAGAAUUUAAAUUUAGUCUUUUAAUAGUGCAUCGGUAACUUUGCAAAAUGGAGCUCUCUGCUGAAGGGAAAACACCUGAAUAUAUGGCAUUAGCUGGCAUAAAGUUCAAGUUAUCAUUACCUCAAUUUAAAGAUGACCCACAACUUAAAGAUCAAUUGUUCCAAGGAAUAAAGGCAGGAAAUAUGGCUCCUUAUUAUAAAGAAGUUUGUACUGAUCUUGGCUGGAAUUUGGAUCAGAAAUUGUAUGAAGACAUGGCAAAAGAAAACCAAGAUCGAUUAUCUAAAUUCGAAGAUGAUGAUUCUGAAACACCAGUCUGGCAGGAUCGGUUGGACUACUUAUGUUCAAUUGGUGAUAAAGAAACUGCUACUGUUUUAGCCACAACUAAAUAUGAAGAUGCUACAUUAACAACAAACAGACGUCUUGAUGCUAUAUUUGCAUUAUUUAGAAUUGCAUAUUUCCACGGCUGUAAUGUAAAGGACAUGGGCAAAGCAGUUUCUAAGGCGCAUGAAUUAGUUGAUAAGGGUGGUGAUUGGCGUUCAAGAAACAAACUGAAGGCAUAUGAAGCAAUUUACUGCCUUGCUGUACGAGAUUACAACCAUUCUGCAGAACUAUUUAUUGACUGUGUUUCAACAUUUGAAUCUUAUGAAUUAGUUGAUUUUGGAACAAUAAUACAGUAUUGUGUUUUGGCAUGUGCAUUGGCACUUGAACGUCAUGCGCUGCAAGCGGCAUUGCGAAGACAAGGGGCGGCAGUGCAAGCACUACGCUCACGUUUCCCUGAAUUAAGAGAGCUUGUUGAGUCACUACAUGAGUGUCGUUAUGCUGACUUUAUGAAAAGUUUAGCUUGGGUGGAGACUCAAAUUUGUGUGGACCCAAUAUUUAGACCACAUUAUCAGCACUAUGUUCGCGAAGCGCGUAUCAAAGCAUAUGUGCAGUUACUACGUGCAUACCGGUCGCUUAGCCUUGACAAUAUCGCUGAUACUUUUGGCGUCACCCGUGAGUUUGUUGAGGAGGAAAUCUCAUCAUUCACAGCGGCGGGUCGGCUACAGUGUCGCAUCGAUGCAGUCGCUGGCUGCGUAGUGACGGGCGCAGGUCGUGGCGCAGACGCAGAUCGCUCGCAACUGUACCAGGCGACCAUACGCGAAGGGGACUUACUUCUUAACCGUGUCAAGAAACUUGCCAGUGUUAUCAACUUCUGAGUGUUCAUGACAUCCUGGUACAUUUGUCAUAAUUAUCUAAAUAAUAUUGUAUAAUUAAAAUAAAUAAGUAAAUAAAAAUGUCUGUUUCAUUAUUAUGUUUUUAUAAAUAACAUAGAUUCCACUCUUAAUGUUGCAUUAAAUAUUGUAAUUUUGUGAAAAAUACCUUUAUAGUUUUUAUAAUAAAAUGGAUUUUAUGAUAUUUUAUUUGAUUAGAAUUAAUUUUCUUUGAAUAUUUCUUUUACAAUAAGAGUUCAGUAGUAGUUUAUUAAGUAUAACUUCGAUUAAAAUAAAUUUGUACUGAA